GAGCCUGCGGCCGCCCCACGUCCCCAUAUCUACCCCCUCUUUCCUAAGCACCACCAUGCCCUCGCUCACCCUCAUUGUUGCCGCUACUCUUGCAAAUGGCAUAGGCCAAGGAGGUCAAUUACCCUGGCGUCUUUCCCGUGACAUGGCGUACUUUGCUCGAGUCACAACGCAUGCACCUGAAGGUGGCAUCAAUGCGGUCAUCAUGGGCAGAAAUACUUGGGAGAGUAUCCCUCUGAGGAACAGGCCGCUCAAGCAACGCCGGAAUAUUAUUAUUACUAGCGAUUCCAAUUAUCUCAAGGAACAGACCGACAGCCAGGUGAACGCCGGACAACCUACAGUCGGUGUCUCCGUGCAAACGAGUUUCCAAGAUGCUAUUGCAAGUGUGGCGAAUCCUGCGGAUAACUUACACCGAGCAUUCAUUAUUGGAGGAGCAUCCAUUUACAAAACAGCCCUUGAACUUUCCGCACUUUCCGGCCAGGAGAAGCAGGUUACAAUAGCAGACCGAAUCUUGAUGACUCGCAUUCUUUCACCGGAAUUCGAGGAUUGCGACGUGUUUUUCCCGGAGUUUCGAAAUGCUAAGGCACAGGAUGGUACUCCUCUCUGGACACAGGCGACACAUGAUGAACUCGAGGCGUGGAUUGGCGGUGAAGUACCACAGGGCACGCAGCGAGAGAAGGGCAUCGAAUAUGAGUUUCAGAUGUGGACACGCAAGUGAUGAAGCAGAGUGAAGGAGUGAAGUGAAAUAAGUGUUUGCGGUGAAAUACAUGCACUCCGUGAACAACACCCC